GACUAAAAAAAUGGGUGGAAGUGGGAAACUCUGGUGUCUUCAGGCCAGAGAUGCUGCUGCCCAUGGGCCUCCCUGAGGACGUGUCUGUAAUCGCCUGGGGUCUUUCUCUGGAGAGGCCCACCAUGAUUAAAUACGGCAUCAACAACAUCAGAGAGCUGGUGGGACACAAGGUGAACCUACAGAUGGUCUACGACAGUCCUAUAUGUCGACUGGACUCCUGAGUCUUACCCCAACUGCUGCUAAUACGAUUAAUGGACUUAUUUAACAUUUGUACAUCUGGACAAAGAAAACCCUCUUCCUCCUGGUUAGUUUUCAGACUAAAACCCAUCUGAGAGCAACUCCUCUACAGAAAUCUUAAUGAUUUUUUUUCUUCCAGAAGCUGUGUUUUUUCUGAACUCUUCCUCCUGUUGGCUCAGACUUUGUUACAUGCAGCAAAGGUUCCCUUCAUCACCCCCAAACCAUCACAAUAAAUAAAGUUGUACAGUAAAAGAAAA